AUGAAGUUCUCGCUCGCAUUUAUGACCCUUCUGGCCGGAUGGGCCUUGGCUGGCCCAGCUGCCGUCGACAACCUCGAGGCCCGAGUUGAUUUUCGACAAUACUAA